UGCCAAACACGUACUGGAAACACCGUUUGCAUGGGCGUGUAGAUGAUUAAUACGGGACUGUCUAUUAACUCAUUGCUUAUAGAUACGUUCAAAUAACCUACUUUAAAAAACAUCACGCUGUUUGAGCAAUGUCGGAAUCUGGCCACAGCCAGCCAGGCGUGUAUGGUCAGGGGCGGAGGAGGCGCCGACGCCGGGACAGGGAUCCCAUAGGACCGGGACAAAAUCUCUCGGGUCCGAGCCGUGAUCGCGAGUAUGUGCCUAGAGAACGCAGAGAUGGUAGUGAGGAUCCACCGGGACCACUUCUUCAGAAGACCCCCAUAAUUCUCGCGAAACCCCCUGGAGAAAGGAGCAAGCAGAGUCAGAAUGUUCCAGUUGGUGGCGCUCCAUCCCUUGAGAAACCCAUCAUGCUUAUGAAGAGCAGGGAGGAGGCUGGUAAACCCGGGACCCCGCCAGAGACCGGCCCACCCGUGACUGGUGCUGGAGCUGCCAAGCUGGAGAGGGAAGGCCAGCGACCAACCCAGCCCGUGUAUCAAAUCCAGAACAGGGGCAUGGGAGCAGCAGCCUCCAGUGCUGCAGUGGACCCUGUGAUUGGCCAGACAAAGUUGCUUCCGCCUGAGAGAAUGAAGCACAGUAUUAAGUUGGUGGACGAUCAGAUGAACUGGUGUGACAGUGCCAUGGAGUACCUGCGCGAUCAGACGGACAUGCUUGUGGUUGGGGUCCUGGGGCUUCAAGGGACCGGCAAGUCGACAAUCAUGUCUCUCCUGUCGGCUAGUACUCCCGAGGAGGAUCAGAGAGCGUACGUGUUCAGGGCUCAAACCCAGGAGAUCAAGGAGAGAGGGGGGAACCAGAGCAGCGGCAUUGACUUCUACAUAACCCAGGAGCGAGUCAUCUUCCUGGACACACAGCCUAUUAUGAGCCCGUCCAUUUUAGAUCACCUGAUCAACAAUGACCGCAAACUUCCCCCAGAAUACAGCCUCCCUCACACCUAUGUGGAGAUGCAGUCACUUCAGAUCGCUGCCUUCCUGUUCACUGUGUGCCACGUGGUCAUCGUUCUUCAGGACUGGUUCACUGACAUCAACAUUUACAGGUUCCUGCAGACAGCUGAGAUGCUGAAGCCCUCUACACCGUCCGCUAGCCACGACAGCACUGGAUCCUCAGGAAACGAUGAGGGCUCGGAGUAUUACCCCCACAUAGUUUUCCUUCAGAACAAGGCUCGGAGGGAGGAGUUCUGCCCCCGGAACCUGAAGAAGAUGCACAUGACUGUGGACAAACUGAUGGCUCACUCCCAUCUGAAAUACAAAGGCACCCUGUCUAUGCUGGACUGUAACAUCUUCCCCGGCCUGGGCCGAGACUACCUGGAGACCGAGGUGAACCUGUUCCUCCUGCCCAUGCAGGACAGCGAUGGGGAGGACACCUUAACCAGAGCAGGUUCGGCGUCGGGCACCGGUGGGGCUCCCCUCUUCUCCCUGCUGCCCGGGUACAGGGGCCACCCCACCUUCUCCUCUCAGGUGGCCAAGCUGCGCAGCCAGGUGCUGGCCAUGUCUCGCAGCCAGCUGUCCCACACCAUCCUCACCGAGAAGAAUUGGUUCCACUACGCGGCACGGAUCUGGGAUGGUGUAAAGAAGUCGUCCGCCCUCUCUGAGUACAGCCGCCUGCUGUCUUAGUGGCCCAGUUGUAGCUGCGACCACAGGAAGGCACGAGUGAGCGCUCCAGCUCCAGGCCGUCGGCCUGCCUUACCCACUGUUUGGACAUUUGGACAGCCUCCCAGCACCAGCAGGUUAGCUGGGGGGAGAGCCGGGCGAGGAGAGCAGAUGCUGGUCUGCUUUCAGAGGCCAAGCAAAAGAGAUUGUGUGGAGGAUCACAUUGGAUG